AUGCCGACGGAACUUCUAGUGCUGUGGGCGGGCUUUGAGGAGAUUUGUAUUCUUCCUUACUUCACUAGACUUGAGUCGCUUGAGUUACACGGCUGUUCCGAUGCCUUGCGCCAUGGCAACGCCAAUUUACAAUUGCGUGAUGCGCAGCCUCUGGCUAAUCUCAAAUUCGCAAAGCUGUUCGCGUACAUACCACGAGAUGUUGCAACAUAUGUACUGCGGUCCAAUGACAGCCUGGAGCGCCUCGAGCUCGGAAUGCUGGAUGAUCCAAAACCUAGUGAUGUCGGCAUAGACUCAGGUGACAACCUCAACUUUGACGAGCAAAAUGCUUACGCAGGUGGUGUCAUUCCUCGGUCAUUAGGUGGCUUCUUUCAUGAUUGUUCUCCAUCUUUUCGAUAUUUGAAGUAUCUGCACUUGUGUCAACCUUGCAAUAGUCGGGGAGAUUACUUCAAUCAGACCAAUGCCUGGUCAGUAGAUGCGGAUAGGUCCACUCAUGAAUCCUGGAGAAAUAUUCUGGUGGCUUCAUGCCAAUCCCUGGAAACCUUGGUGAUCGACCAAAGGCCAGGGGCUGGUGUGGAAGAUGUCGAAGGGUCCUCGGAGGAAGAGUUCCUCAACACUGGCUCAUCCGGCCUCGGCAACAAAGCGCUUAUCGAGUCAAUUGGGAGCAUGAUCACCAGUGAAUCAGACCUUCCCAGGUUGAGCGAGGUGUAUCUAUAUGGAUUCAUAGUCAGAUCUCCUCUCCGCAGGAGGCCAUCCGAGGAAACUCCCGGGGACACGUUGCUGCAUGGCCUCGAAAGACGCGGUAUUAAGUGCGAGGCAAGGAGAGGGAAAUGGUGUCUGUUUGAUCAAGACUCUGGAACGACAUCAUGGGCGAAAUGGGAUGGAGAUGGGUGCAGCAAUCUUCACGAUGAGUAUAUGGGAGUUAAGUGGUACACUGUUUUGGCCAAGACGUAA